GAGAAUUACUUGUUACGUCUGCUUUGCCUAUAAAUCAUGCCACCACCAUCCUGACCAAAACCUUCAUUUCUUGUGAAACCAAGCAUCGCAAGCUUAGUGAAUCUAGCAGAGAAUAAAGAGAAUCAGAGCAAUUGAAGAGCUAAUUUAAUUAUUAAACUAUGAGGAACCCAUCUUCUUCAUCUUCACCUAGCGCCAGGAAGACAACUGCUACACCAUGCUGUAGCAAAGUGGGAAUAAAGAGGGGACCCUGGACUCCAGAGGAAGACGAGCUCUUGUCAAACUACAUCAAGAAAGAAGGCGCCGAACGGUGGCGUACGCUUCCCAAGAGGGCCGGGUUGCUUAGAUGUGGAAAGAGUUGUCGGCUCCGAUGGAUGAACUAUCUCCGACCUUCUGUUAAAAGAGGCCGUAUUGCUCCAGAUGAAGAAGAUCUCAUUCUUAGGCUUCAUAGGCUGCUCGGUAAUAGGUGGUCUUUGAUAGCUGGGAGGAUUCCAGGACGCACGGAUAACGAGAUCAAGAACUACUGGAAUACCCAUCUUAGCAAGAAGCUGAUUAGCCAGGGGAUUGAUCCAAGGACCCAUAAACCAUUGAACCCUAACCCUAAUCCCUCCCAACGUGCCCAGGAUCCAAACCAAAAUUCUGGCCUGAAAUCUGUUCAUUUGGAAGAAACUGGCAGGACCUACAGAACUAUAGCCACCAAAGUGAGCCAAAAUUUCAAUAUGACUAACCCGGAUGGCUAUCGAAACCCAAUAGUUGACGAAGGUGGUAACAAUAACUGGCUUAAUUUUAAUGGUCUUGUUAUGGGGUUACAGAGCGAUCAAGGACACAACAACGCAGAAUAUAAUUACAUUGCAAAUGAAAAUGAGGAUCCUUUCUCUUCGUUUCUGGAUGCUUUGAUAGAUGAAAAUGAAAAUCUGUUCACGAUCAAUCAACAAAACCAUCAUCAACAGCAGCAGCAUCUUAAUAACAUGGCUGCACCAUCGGUUCAAGUUCAACCCUUUGUUUCUUCUGCACAGACUUUCAACAAUACCUCCAUAUGGGAAGCCGAAGUUGCACCUUCAAUGGCUGUCUUAGGUGAAGAAGAUGUUGGUUUAACUUAG